CCUCCUUAACAGCGGGUGGCGCUGUUGUUGGCUCAGCCAUGACAAGAGCGCGAGGAAAAGCUCGGCGUAGCGCUGCUCUUCAUCUGCGUGGAUAGACUAGACGGAAGUCGCCAAAAGGACCAUUUUUUCGUAGAGACCAACUAAUACGGAGAUCCGAAACCAUGGUGAAGAUUUUUAUAGGAAAUCUUCCCCGAGAGGCCAACGAGGACGAAAUCAAGGAGCUCUUCACAGAGUAUGGUACAGUCACAGAAUGUGCCAUCAUCAAAAACUUUGCGUUCGUCCACAUGGAUGACCGCAAGGCCGCCACCAAAGCCAUCAAGAAUCUGCACCUGCACAAGCUUCACGGCACCCCGAUCAACGUGGAGGCCAGCCACGGGAAGAACCAGGGCUCGGUUAAGCUGCACGUAGCUAACGUGGAGAAGGGAUGUGACGACGAGCUCCGCGCUCUCUUUGAAGAGUACGGUACAGUCACGGAGUGUGCUGUGGUGAAGAACUUUGCUUUUGUUCACAUGCCCAACUAUGACGAGGCCAUGGAUGCCAUCAAAGGUCUGGAUAACACAGAGUUUCAAGAUAAACGCAUCCAUGUCCAGAUUUCCAAGAGUCGUCCCAAGUAUGAUGAACAUGAGGACUAUCCUCCUCCUCCUCCUCCCCUAGACAGGGGGGGCUACUGGCCUCCAAGCUAUCCAGGAGAGCGUCACGAGCCACCCCCACCCAGCUACAUGAGGGGCCGCAUUAUGCCCCCAGGUUACCCUGCCCCUCCUCUGCCACCGCCUCCUCCCAGACGAGCUGUUUAUCCCGAUCGUCCCUACGAGACUGACAGGGAGAGAUACAGCGUAGUAGAUUACUAUGAGAAGUACCGAGCCCGUCCGUAUGGCAUAUCCCCCUACGAGGAUCAGCGUGCUGGUAUCCCACCUCCUCCCCCUCCACCCUCAGCCGUCGUCCGAGGCCAUCUCAUGAGCUCGUCGCUUGACCCUUAUGAGCGUCGACCCCUUCCACCUCCUCCUCCAUCAUCGUACUAUUCCCGAGAUCGCAGUCCCAUCAGCAGGGCGCCUAGCGCAGCGAUGCCCCCCGCCAGUAAUGGCUACUCCUACGAGCGCUCUCGACUCUCCCCAGUUUCCCGGGUCCCUGCAUAUGGAAUUCCACGUGCAAGGGACCCCUACGCAGACCGGCUACCUCCACCACCGCCCUCACGCUACGCUUAUUAAGCGAGACCUCGUCAUUUGAAGGAUCGUCGUCCGACUGCGUUGCCGCACGCCGCCUCCUGAUGCACGUCAUUCUUAUCCUCUUCCUGUCUGCGGCUGAACGCGUUAUGUUUCCCUGCGACGCUCACAUCAAGAAACGAAUUGCUGACGUCGCCAAUUGUUUCUGUUUCUAAUGGUUGGGACAGUUUUUACGUUUUUUUUCUCCUGCUUAUUUUAAUAAUUGUGUUAUAGUUUUUUUUUUUGUUUUUUUUUUAUGGAAUCCAUUAGGCGGUGUUUUCUCAUUUUGUUAUUUUUUUUCUCAGCUUUAUUGCUUCGUCAGAGUAAUUCUGAUGUGUGUAAUUAGAUAAAACUCAAGUCAAAGCAAAAGGAAUUACCUUAGUUUUAACUGACUUGUUAGAGAUGAGAUCUAACCUGCACGCUGGUUUCUUUACGAUGAGGUGUCGCAUCAAAAGCCGAACCUCUGUGGCGUUCCUGUGAAAAUACAAAAUGUAAGACCUAAUCAAAUGUACCUUAACUAGGCAGUUAAUUAACAUUUUCCAACCUUCAGAGGACAGUAAAAUUUUACAAAUGCGAUCAAAAUGCUUUGCACUAAAACAUCCAUGUAAGGUUUCUGUCAUCGUCUCUUAGUUUCUGGGAAAAUAAGUAACGAACUUGUCUAAGUCGUCACGUUGAUUAAAGAUGCUCUCCUCUCUGGUCUUGUGUGAAAUCCAGCAGCAUUUAUCAGCCUUGUAGCGCUUAACUUCUCCCCCUCUCUGCUAAAAGUUUUUAUUCUUUCGAUUCCGAACUUACUGAAGACAAAUGUGAAGGAAACAAAAGGGAACUUUAGUACCUGAGACUUGUUUAUGACUUGUGAUGUGGUGGAAGGACAUAAAGAGCUGCUGGAGUCCCCCACAGUGAACAGGUAAGUCAAAUAAUCAAGUAGAGACCAAUUUAGAAGAUGUGUGACUAACAAGUUCUUUUGUAGCUUACGGAGAAUACAUUUGGUUGGAUCAUCUGCAGGUCCAGAGUCUUUGCUAGUUAACAGAGCUAACUAGUCUAAUAGAAAUGCUUUUUUAAGGUAUUGCUAGUAAAUGUAAUACUACUAGUAGUCUUUAAACAUAAAACCUGGUUGGAUGUUUUAACUUUGUGUGGCUUUAAUGGACCUGUAGGAAUCCUCUCAUAAAUCCACUCUGGAAAUAGUUACUGAGCAUUUGAAGGCUUUCAGCAGCACAUCGACAUGACUUGAUAAGUGAUACCCAAACUUCCGACCCAUGUUCGAAAUGUAAAACAUCUUGCAUGAUAUGUUUACUUUUGUUUUCUCUGUAAAAAUCAAAUAUGAAGCAAUACGACCUCUGUCUACUAAUAAACGCUUGGUACCAUU